AUGUUGCCAACCGGCCGGGUAGACAAGCUGGACACCUCGUUCUCGCGCUCCCGAUCCAGCUCCAUGUCCAGUCUGGAGAACAUGUCGCAGGAGGGCAUCCAGUGCCUUGCGUUUGCAGACAGCUACACUAAGAAAUCUGAUCCGACGACGUUGCUACCAACGCUGUGGAUUGGCACUACACAGGGUUCGGUGCUCACUAUGAUGAUCAACCUGCCGGAGACAGACCUCAGGCACACGCAGCCAGUAGUCAUCUCCACAAGCGGUGGUCCUAUAUUUAGGUUAAAGGGUUCAAUCCUAACGAUGUCGUUUCUCGACUGCAAUGGUGCUUUAAUUCCUUACUCGUACGAGAGUUGGAAAGAUGAUAGUAGUAAAGAUGUGAGAGAACGUCGAGAGCGAACUCCCACUAAACAGAGCUCUUCCAGCUCAGGCAGCCGAAUGUCCCCGACGCCUGGGGUCGAUGCGGCUGGUGACCGCCAGUUCGUGGUUGUCGCUUCAGAGAAGCAGGCGCGUGUGGUCGCUUUGCCAAGUCAGAACUGUGUCUACAGGCAACAGAUUGUGGAAACGGACUUUGUAGUAAAAGCGGAAACUGUAAGCUUGAAAGAUAGCGUAUGUCUGGUAAACUAUUUAUCGACGGGCCACCUGGUGGCGUACAGCCUGCCCUCACUGCGGCCGCUGGUCGACGUAGACUUCCUGCCGCUCUCCGAGCUCAGUGUCGCUUUGUACAUUUUUGAGGCUCGUUUAGAGUACAAAGCGGGAGCGCCUCACAAAGGCUCGGAACGCGCCGGAGCGAGUCACGCGCUGACUGGUGUCUGUAUUCCUGGUAGCUUCCAGACACAGUCCAAACAGAGGGGUAUCGUAGACCCAAUGCUGUCCAUAUGGGGCCAGCAGCUCAUUGUUAACGAGGACACCGACCAGAUAUCCAAGACCUUCUGCUUCAGCAACAGGGGCCAUGGAUUGUACCUGGCCUCGCCCACAGAGAUACAGAAGUUCACCGUCGACACCGAGUUCUGUCAGCAAUUGAACGAGAUGAUAGGUGAGCUUUUCCUACCGCGGGACAUGCCGGAACCGCCCAAGGAGAGCUUCUUCAGGGGACUCUUCGGAGGAGGCUCCCGGCCGCUCGACAGAGAAGAAUUAUUCGGCGAGAGCAGCGGCAAGCCGAGCCGCGCCGUGGCCAAGCACAUCCCCGGCGGCAGCGCGGCGCAGCUGGAGCAGCUCAACACGCGCGCCGGCACCGCCGCCGGGGAGGUGUCGCGCGCGCACCAGCUCGUCGUGGAGCGCGGAGACAAGCUGUCGCAUCUCGAGGACCGCACCGAGCGUAUGCACAUGCAGGCGGCCGAGUUCUCCUCCUCGGCGCAUCAGAUCAUGCUCAAGUACAAGGACAAGAAGUGGUACCAGCUGUGA